GAUUUUAUAAAAAAAUAUGGUAUCGAAAUAUGGACACCCACCAAUUAUUAUAUUUGGAAAUUGUCUGUUGGUUUUGAGAUGACAAACAAUAAAAUACAAGAAUUUAAAGAAUUUAAAAACUUAAUUGAAUCAAUUAAGGAAAACAACAACAAUAAGGACUUGUCAAAAUUAUAUGAUGAUGAGAUUAAAGACACUGUAAGUUCUAUUAAAAGUUGCUUGAAUGCAAAUAAUUUAGAUUCAAGUGAUGAUGACAUAUGCAUGACAGAAACAAUUCCAAUACCAAAAGAUAUCAAGAAGAGAAAAAUUCUCAAAGACAAACAACAACAAUGA